GAGAUCGGCGAGACGCUCCAAACACGAGGACGGGAAUUCGGCGUCACCACGGGCCGUAAGCGUCGCUGCGGCUGGCUAGAUCUCGUCCUGGUGAAGUACGCCCACAUGAUCAAUGGUUUCAGCGCCCUAGCUGUGACGAAGCUGGACAUCCUUGACACUUUUGAAGAGAUCAAAGUGGGCGUGGAAUACCAUCUGGAUGGGAAGCAGAUUCCAUAUUUCCCAGCCAAUCAGGAGCUCCUGAACAAAGUCACGGUGAAGUACAAGAACCUCCCCGGAUGGAGGUGUUGCACCGAAGGGGCUCGCACCUUUGACGACUUGCCCGCCGAGGCCCAAGCUUACAUCCGCUUUAUCGAGGAAUACCUGGAAGUCCCAGUCAAGUGGAUCGGCGUGGGGAAAUCCCGCAAAUCCAUCAUCAAACUGUUUUGAGGUCUCCCGCCCGGACCGAUGGCCGCCCACCCCUGCGGAAUGCACUCAAGCCAGCCCCCCCCAACCUCUUACUAGAGCAAACACAGCAUCCCUUCCUCAGUUUCCCCCCAUGUAAAAUUUCCUCUUGGCCCUUCUUUCUCUCCCUUGGCUCCUUUGGAAGUGAAUUAGAACCAGCUGGCUGGCAGUUGAGAUUUACAAAUCUUUCCAGGACAAAUUAAGAGCACACACUCCAUUUUUGCACGCCUUUCUCCCCCCCCACCCAAUAAGUUGCCCUCGAUCACCCCUAACCUUCAUCUGACCAGCAUUCGUGGUUCACUGUCUCUCUCUACAUUAUUAAUCCCCUUGGUCAUUCCCUGGCAAUUAGCUUGACCUCAUAUUGGAGGUGUCUCUUCCCCCACCCCCUCCAGCCCAAAAAAUUUUUUGGGGGGGGGGUGUUCAUGGGAAUUGUAGUUCUCUGGCGCAAAAAUGGCGGCCUUCUGUUAUCUACUACAAUUCCACCAAGGGUCGGCUGGCAGUGAGGAAUGCUGGGAGCUGUAGUUUCCACAUCGUAUCUACUGUAUAGAACCGGGCGGUAAGUAGCUUUCUGAGCGGGAAAGGUCCGUCGUAAUUUCAAACGGUCACAAAGGAGGGGAUCCGUCGUAAGUCGCGGACUCCCCGGGCCUUGUUCCUGCUGUCGAAAACGUUUUGACGCGUCGCCCGGUUUUUUUUUUUUUUUUUUUUUGGCUUUCUACAUUUUAAAGAGGAAAAAAAAAAAAAACAGCACGCUUUCUACGUUUAAAUCUAAUUGUGGAGAUCUUCCUUCCUUGGGGGGAAUCGCUAAAUUACGGAAGCACUCCCUGUAGAUU